ACGCGUCAGAUACAAUAAAAACAAACUACAAUAGAGUAUUUAUUAUGUAUUCGGACUCCUUGUGGUUUUCAUGAGUUAUCGUAGUUCAAGGAGAGAGUAUUGAUAUUUAUGAUAAAAGAACAGGAACCACUCGAUUUUUAUCUCAAAUGUUGCUUAUGUAGCGACGUUCAGUUGUUAUUCGACACUUGCCUGCCGGCUUUCAAUUGGAAUAGUGGUUAGGUUACUUUUUAUAAAGUAUUUUAUUUGUACGUAAUAUUAUUUAACAUGGCAUACAUAGUAGACUUGCGAUCAGAUACGGUGACGAAGCCAACUGAGGCUAUGAAGCAUGCCAUGGUUAAUUCAGCAUUAGGCGAUGAUGUUUACGGAGAGGAUCCGACGGUAAAUGCCUUAGAAAGCAAGUUAGCAGCUAUGCUGGGGAAGCAGGCGGCCUUGUUCGUUCCUUCGGGCACUAUGGCCAAUCUAAUAGCAAUAAUGGUGCACUGCAACAAGCGAGGAUCGGAGGCCUUCGUCGGAAACCAGUCGCACAUCUACAAGUAUGAACAAGGUGGUGCAGCCCACGCAGCAGGCGUGCUCCUGUCGACAAUAACCAACAAACCUGAUGGCACCUUCGACCUGCAGGAGCUGGAGAGUCGGAUCCGAGGAACUGACGUACACGAGCCCAUCACGUCGAUGGUAGCUGUCGAGAACACCCACAAUUGUUGUGGAGGCAAGAAACCUCCGCAAAAGAAGACGCGGGACCACGACCCUCUCACCUCGCUGGUCUGCGUCGAGAAUACCCACAACUGCUGUGGUGGUAAGGCGUUACCACUGAAGUUUCUGGACGACCUGUCAGCCAUCUGCAAGCGUCACAACAUCCCGCUGCACAUGGAUGGCGCUCGGCUGUUCAACGCCUGUGAGUACCUGAAGGAGGACCCCAGCCGAGUGGUCAGGGAUUGUGACAGCAUCUCCGUCUGCUUCAGCAAGGGUCUGUCAGCCCCUGUCGGCUCCGGACUCGUUGGUUCUUAUCAUUUUAUUGAACAAGCGCGUCGCAUGCGCAAGUUGCUUGGCGGCGGCAUGCGGCAGGCGGGCGUGCUAGCAGCCGCCGCCAUUGUAGCGUUGGACGAGGUCGUGCCGCUGCUCAAGCUCGACCAUAAGCGCGCGAAUAUCAUGGCUAAAGUGAUUGAGGGUAUGUUCCUGAAGUCUUUCACAGUGGACGUAGAGGGCCAGCACAGCAAUAUAAUCCUUGUAAGGAUCCCGGAGACCAGCUCACUGACCGCGCAGAAAGUGGUGGCCAGGCUCGCACAGGUCUGCCUUGCGGAGACACAGGGUGACUGUAAAACACCAGACGACGAGGGUGUGAUUGUGAAAGCGAUAUACUUCAACAGUAAGACGGUGAGGUUCACCAUACACCGGGAGAUCACCGACGAAGCUCUCUGGCUGGCCAUCAUGAAGAUUACUUACGUGUUCAAGGAGCUAGAUGCAACAGCUUAGGAACAGUAGUUAAUGAUUAAUCACAAGGGACGUUAGGCGAACAGUAGUUUAAAAGACUUUUUGCGCAUGCUAGAUGGCGCUGGCGAUGUUUAUUGUACUGUUGGUUCAUUCAUCAAUUCAUCCAAUGGUGUUUGUUAUCUUGUUAUACUAUAGCAGUGCCUCUGAUGUUACAUAAAACUUCAUGUCAACUGAUGACUUGGUAGGUACUACCUUGUUAGUGUUACACUUUGAUAUAAUCAAAUUACAAUAUACAAAUUGUGCGCCAAAAUAUGGGUCAUUCUUAAUACCUAGCAAUAAGGAGCAAUAUUUUUAUUUAACAGUUGGCAUAACUACUGUCGUACGUUUAAUAGUUCCAUGUGUAUAAUUUUUGGUAGAAAUGUGUUCAUUUUAAAUGAGUCAAUACGUCAAUAGACGUUAAUAUUUUAUGAAUGAGCUUAAUAUACAUAUUGCCUAUUUACAUAGUAAUUUUAAAGACAUAAAUCUGUAUACAACAGGUGCUAAGUUAUUGUAUUUACUACCUUUAUAAAUCUAUAUCUACAAUCGUAGAAGAAUAGAGGAUAUUUUUAUUGCCAAGGUAUUUUAUACCUAAAUACUUAGAAAGAUAAGCUCAUAAUGGCCUGUUUUAAUAAAAGGAUCAAACAGCUAAAUUGUAAAGCAUAGUUUAAUAAAUAGUUAAUAAAUAACAAUUUAUUGGUUGGUGCAGUUUUUUGUUCCAUCUAGAACAAAUCCAAGACGUAAUUGUAGUCUAGUUUAUACAGGGUGCAAUUAAAAUGAAAUAGAAGCUCUUAGUAUUGAGCCUAACUACAAAAAUGUUUAUGUUAAUGUUUGAGCCAUUCUAGAAGCUGAGUCACUUCAAAGCAGGUACUCAGUAUACUACAAGUUAGUUGGAUUGGAUACCAUUUUACUAUUAGGUUCUUUGCUUCUAUCUAUUUAUAAGUAUAUUGUAUGUUAUUUACCAUUGUUAUUAUAACUAUAAAUACAUUAUUGUUACCUUUGACAUGAUGAGUUUAAUAAAAAUGCAGUUUUAUUUAUA